GCCAAAGAAUUCGGCCAACAGAAUCGGCAUUGGACGAAUUGAAGAAGACGACUCCAGUGCUGAAGCUUCAUAAGGCUGACUUGCUAUAAGAGCCGUGAUGUUUUCCCGCUUGGAACCUCGGUGCAAACGGAAUUGCCCUGGCAGCGACCGAUACUUUCCAGUGUGCUUGGAUACGCUCCACUGUCUCGUCAUACUCUCGUGACAGUACGACUGGUAAAAAUGCCUCUCUCCUCUCGGACUCGCACAUGCAGCCAUCUUUAUGAAGGGAGUCAGCUCCUCCCACUGAGGAUCUAGCAGAGCACUGCCAGCCCAAAGUUGAGUAUCAUUCCCAUCCGCGCUAGUACAAUGUCAUUUCACACCAGCACACCACUCGAUCCGACAUUCGAUGUCGACAUGAAAGACCGUCAUCUCAUCUACGACUACAACGCUCAGGAUGCCCAAGGUAACCCGGAGAAAUGGCGCUACGAGAUAUGGUUCUUCAGCUCCGACAGAGUGGUCUACGCUAUCCAUGGGGGUCCUAUGGCCGGGAGAAUCAACUACCAGACAUGUACGUUCCAGUGCAUACGACCGGGCGAACUUUGGCAGUGUUCUUGGCUCGAAGAGACCGGCACUAUCGUCUCGCUGGUAUACGACAUCAAGCAGCAGACUUUGACGACGUUGAUCGCAUUUUCAAAAGGUCACUGGGACAAUCCCGAGGCAGCGCAUGGUGACAAGAGAGAUCCGAAGGCGUUUGACAGAUGGAGGAAACUUGCAACCAUCGGCAAGCAGACUGAUAGAUACAUGCUGAGUGAGCAGGCCAAGAUAGUUGAGGAUUUUAGGGGAAAGGGAGACUUGGAGCCUAUCGAGCAGGAUGCAGUGACUCUGUGAAGGAAGUCAACCAUCCUAGACGACCUGGGAAACGUACCGUCCACUCUGCAGCGAAACCAGUGACUGAAUCACCACGCUGGGACGCCACAACAGACAUUGCGCCAUGUCAAACAAGGACAAGUUGAUAGAGAGGAGAACAAUCAAGUCCCUCUCAAGCGAGUCUAUCCACGCAGAUGGUGAUCUCCUCCCGGUAUCGAAGUAAGGAAAAAGAAACACGUCGUACCAGAGCUCACCAGGUUUUCCACAUUACAUCGGC